AUGGCCAUUAAGGUCACUCCAGAGAUCUUCCAGUCGUUCGUGAGCGGGGGAACCGGUUAUGCGUUCGAGGUGGACUGGUGGUCGCUGGGCGUGACGAUCUUUGAGGUUCUGCGAAGUUGGAGGCCGUACGACAUCCACGCCAGUAACUCGGUGGAGUCUCUGCUGCAGCUGUUCAGUACGGUCAGUGUGCAGUACAGCUCGUCCUGGCACAAAGACCUCGUCUCGCUGCUGAGGAAGUUAUUGACUGUAAACCCAGAGCAUCGCUUCUGUAGUCUGGCUCAAAUGCAGACGGCGCCCUACCUCUCCGAUGUCAACUGGGACGACGUUUAUGAGAAGAAGAUGGAGCCCGGCUUUGUUCCCAAUAAGGGUCGUCUGCAUUGCGAUCCCACCUUUGAACUGGAGGAGAUGAUUCUGGAGUCUCGUCCUCUUCAUAAGAAGAAGAAGCGACUGGCAAAAAACAGAUCGAGAGACAACAGCAAAGAUUCUCAGUCUGUGGGUGAAACUGACACACACACACACACACACACGUUGAAGCGCCGGCAGGAGGAGGAGGGCUGUAUGGCAGCAGACGGAGACGCCGAUCCAGACGGAGACGAGGCCGAGGCCGAGGGAGGAACGGAGGACGAGGAGACCGAGGCCGAACCCGAGGCUGAACCCGAGGCCUCCAAACUGAGCAUGUGUGGCUCGGUCUGCUCGUCUCCGGGAAGCUGCUAG